AUGUGGCAUCGUCUCAGAAGAUGUUCUGGCCCGAAAAUGGGGCACGCGGAGCCAACUUUAUUCAGGAAUAAACAAUCGUUGAUCCAACGUGGAUAUUCCCUUCGAAAAUAUUCCCAACCGACAGUACCAUCGAAUAUGGGGGACGUGGAAAGCCAGGGCGCACUCACCGGCCUAAAGAUUUUAGAUCUUUCACGAGUUUUGGCGGCAAGGCUUUUUUCUUUCCGCUUGGUGCGACAGGCCCCAUUUUGCUCACAGAUCCUAGCAGAUUACGGUGCCGAUGUCAUCAAGGUUGAGACGGUUGAUAAAGGAGAUGACACAAGGCAUUGGCAGAUGACAGGAGAAGCAGCGACAUGGAAGACGUCCGCCGGUCCUAUCUCCAACUACUUCUCUGCCGUCAAUCGAAACAAAAGAUCCAUCACGUUGAAUCUGAAACAGGAGAAAGGUAAGGAAAUCUUGAAGAAGCUGGCCUUAAGCGCCGAUGUGGUCAUUGAAAACUUCAAACCCGGAACAAUGGAGAAUCUAGGACUUGGAUACGAAACACUAAGAGAAGAAAACCCGAAGCUCAUCUAUGCUAGCCUCUCAGGAUACGGAAGAUCUGGACCAUACGCCAAGCGCGGAGGAUAUGAUCCGAUCGCAGCAGCAGAAGCCGGCCUCCUUCACAUUACUGGAGAACGGAAUGGCCCUCCUGUGCGAGUCGGUCUUGGAAUGGUAGACAUGUCCACUGGCCUCUACCUCCACGGUGCUAUCCUCGCCGCUGUAAUUGCUCGUCAGCGGGACGGGCUGGGUCAGCGUGUAGACACAUCACUGUUCGGAACCCAAGUCAGCAUGCUAAUCAAUGUUGGGCUAUCCUGGCUGAACAUGGGCAUUGAAGCUCAGCGCUGGGGUUGCCAACACCCGAGCAUUGCCCCGUAUGAUGCGUUUGAAACUAAAGACGCCUACCUCGUCUGUGGCGCUACCAACGACGUCCAGUUUUCUGCUCUCUGUGGCCUUCUUGGGCUUGGGGAGCUAGCCAAGGAAGAGCGAUUUGCAACCAACCCGAAGCGCGUAGAGAACCGGGACAUACUGGGUCCCAUGUUCAACGACGUUUUCCGGACGAAGACGACGGCCGAGUGGGUUCCCAUCUUCGAAGCCACAGGUCUGCCUUUUGGGCCUAUCAACAACAUGGAACGCACCUUUGCCCACCCACAGACUGAGGCACUUGGCAUGGUCAAUCAUGUGAAGUUGGAUGCAGCUGAAUCAGGGCAGCUUUGUCUAAUUGGACCGGCAGUUAAGUUUAGUAGGACGGAGACGUCAUUCAGGCGUGCGCCUCCAACACUCGGGCAACACACAUCGGAGGUGCUGAAGGAGCUUGAAAUGGAUAGCUCGGACAUGACGCUGCUGAAGGAGCAAAAGGUGGUGUAG